AUGACCGAUAAAAUUGAAGUCAUUUUCGUGGUCAAAGUUGUCAUUAUCACCAACACUGUGACCACCGAUGACUGCCUGUGCAUCAGUGGAUCUAUUGGUUAUCACAACAACAUUGUGGCCACCAAUGAGACCAUCGAUGGUGACAAUUACCUACAUACGGGUGACCUGGGUUACUAUGAUGACCAUGGUAACCUGUAUAUCGUGGACCGCAUUAAACAGUUACUAAAGACGGACGGGUGUCAGGUGUCGCCCACGGAAUUGGAGUCCAUUUUCGUGACCCACCCGUCCAUUAAGGAGGUGGCGGUUGUGGGCAAACCGGAUGAGAUCAGCGGACAAUUGCCCACCGCUUUCGUGGUCCUCAAAGACAAACACCGGGACAUCGAUUGUCACGAAAUACUAGAGUUUGUAAAUUCUCGUAUUACACCACUUAAGCGGAUUAGAGGCGGUGUUCACGUGAUUGAAGAG